AUGGAUGUGAAAGAAAAUCAAACAAAUCCAACACCAAGUGAUGAUGAUGAUGAUGAUGAUGAUGAUCGCGCCUUGCUAUAUUAUUUGGAGAUGAGAAAAACAAAUCUAACACCAAGUGAUGAUGAUUGCACCUUUCUAUAUUAUUUGGAGAUGAGAAUCACCUUGAAAGGUGUGAAUCAAUUAUUGAAGAAGAGAUUGUUGAAAACCUUUACAACUAUUGACUUUUCCUCCAAUAAAUUCUCUGGGAGUAUUCCAAAUUCCAUGGGUAAUCUGAAUUCUCUGAGAUACUUGAAUUUGUCCCACAAUAAUCUCAUGGGACACAUACCUGCAUCUCUUGGAAAUAUAAGUGUGCUUGAAUCAUUGGACUUGUCAUCGAACAAAUUGGAUGGAGGAAUUCCAAGUGAUUUGACGAGGUUGACAUUUCUCGAGAAAUUAAACCUUUCAAUGAAUGAUCUCGUGGGGCAGAUACCACAAUCUAAUCAGUUUUCCACAUUUGAGAAUGAUUCAUACAUCGGAAACUUGAGAUUGUGUGGAGUCCCGUUGACGAGAAAAUGCAAUGAGGAGAAUGGGCGACAGAUGCAGCCAGAAGAAGAAGAAGAAGAUGAGUAUGGAUUAAUUGAUGGAUUUGGUUGGAGAAGUGUGGUGAUGGGAUAUGGAAAUGGACUCAUAGUUGGAAUUGGAAUUGGUUGUUGCAUUAUUCGAUUUGGAAGGCCAAGAUGGUUGGUGGAAUUCUUUUUUGGCGUUGGAUACACAUACAAGAAGAACAAGAAGAAGAAGAAGACAAGGAAGAGAGCUACUCCAACACAGAGGAGAAGUUGA